AUGCUCCAAAUUAGCGGGGAAUCGUGUGCGCAAAUUCUGCGGCUUUCUCCGAACUGUUCAUUUCACAUUAUCGAUUGUAAUUCGGAUGCUAGUGGCUUACGCCUAACAUUUAAUGAUUUUGGUGGUGCCAAAAAAGUUAAAGAAGAUAUCCAGGAACUGUUGAUAAAACCUCUGAAAGAUGCCUCACGCCUAACAUUUUAUGACUUUGGUGGUGCCAAAAAAGUUAAAGAAGAUAUCCAGGAAUUAUUGAUAAAACCUCUAAAAGAAGGAAGAAAAGCAUUUUCAAUUAUUUUAUCCGGCGACACAGGCUGUGGAAAAACUCUAUUUUUGCGCAUAGUACAGAAUUAUUUGGGCAAGAAAGCCAUGCUGUUGUCCAAGGAAGAAUUUGAGGUUUUGCUAGAAAAUGGCAUUGCCAGUGAUGACAACGAAGAACUGGCAAUAUUGAUUGAUAAUUUUGAUUAUCUACUUCACUGCACCGAAAAACUGUGCAGAAGAACUCAUGGCUAUACGGGGAAUGAUUUGAAAGCAGUUUGUGAAAGUGUCUAUUCACUUUACAAUGUAACGGAUGGUGAUCAGUCACUUCUUCUGAAACGAUUUGAUAAAGCACUGAAACGCAUUCCACCAACCGGGAUCCGACAGUUUGUAUUGGAAGUUCCGGAUGUUAAAUGGGAUGAUAUAGCCGGAUACGAUGAACUGAAACUGGAAAUUGAACAAGCAGUUUUAUGGCCAUACCAAUAUCCAGAUGUAUUCGAACGUUUUGCCGCAAAACCGCCAUCUGGAAUUUUGCUCUACGGGCCACCCGGUUGCAGUAAGACGAUGAUAGCACGAGCAAUUGCAUCGCAAUCGCGAAUGAACUUCCUGGCUGUCAAAGGACCGGAGCUGUUCAGUAAAUGGGUUGGAGAAUCGGAGCGGGCAAUUCGCGAGCUUUUUAGACGAGCACGACAGGUUGCACCUGCAAUAAUUUUCUUUGAUGAAAUUGACGCGGUUGCGGCAAAUCGUGGUGACAGAAGUGAGAGUCAUGUUGGAGAACGUGUAUUAACGCAACUUCUCACUGAACUUGAUGGUUUGGAGUGGAAAGGUGAGGUGAUGGUAUUGGCGGCAACAAAUCGGCCCGAUCGACUGGACAGUGCUUUGCUCAGGCCCGGAAGAUUGGAUUUAACCAUACAUGUUCCACUGCCAGAUGAGGAAACAAGGUGA